AAUCGUCAAGUUCCAGUAGCUAGUAUCUGUUCAUAACCACGUGUUGAUUCGGUGCUACCCUUGUUUAUAUUGACGUGCAAAGUGUGUUGGUGAAAGAAGAAACGUAGAAAUAAUUGGAUAAUUAUUAAUGCAUGUGCCUCAGGAGAUGCCAUUUUGAUUUAGUAUUUCGAUUAGUUAAAUGUUUUAUUAAAUUUAUCCCGCAAUAGUCAUUCCAUGAUGGACAUCAUGCGACAGCAAGGAAACCUUAACUAUCUAGAAUCUACUCUUCAAACUUCAUUGGAGUCGAAGGUGGAACUGGACAUGCUGCAUGACAACCAGUACGCCCACAUAUACACAUCAUAUUCUGAUGGCAAUUACAGUCCUUCUUCCAGUCCUAUCAGCAUCACGUCUAGUAUCCCGAGUCCUGGUCACAAUGACAAUGCAAACACCAUUAGAACAUUUUAUGAUCUCACCAACUGCAGUCCCAUGAAAAUGAUGAAUAGCACUGCUUUUGUUUUCCCUGAAACCAAUCUCGCAUACAAAGGCUCAAAGGCAAUUACCGGCCCUACGAGUAUCAGGCCAGUUAGACACUACAGCUCUAUCGCCCCAAAGACAAUUUCCGAUCUUAGUAACGCCUUCACUUUUAGCAAUACUUCGAAUAAAGCCCAGGAUGGGGUUUUAACUCGAGUUCAAGACGAUAAUACCUCACCCAACUAUUCAGGCAACUACCGAACUGUUCAGAAUCAACAGUCUCAACUGAAUUCGGAUUCUGGCAUUCCUGGAGAAGAAGAAGACAUGGGGGAUGACGAGGAUAGCUUGUUUGGUGACAGCAAUGAAAUGUCCCCGAUGCGUUCCUCAACCAAGCGCAAAACUUCCGAAAGGGCUCCCGCACCCCUGAUUAUGAAGAAGCGUCGAUUGGCCGCCAAUGCACGGGAAAGGAGGCGAAUGCACAGCCUGAACGUUGCAUUUGAUCGCCUCAGAGACGUUGUUCCGUCCAUAGGUAACGACAGGAAGCUGUCCAAAUAUGAGACUUUGCAGAUGGCUCAAAGUUAUAUCACAGCACUAAGUGAACUAUUGUUGAGAGAGUAAGAUAUAUUGUCCAUUACAUCCAUUCUCGCAUUUGAAGCCAAAUUUGGCAAGAAGUGUGUUUUUUUAGGGACUUCGUGCCAAUUUUCUAUUUCCAGUGACAUGGGUAACAACAUUCCAAUUUGUGGAAAAGUUCCUUGCAUUCGCACUUUAAUUCUUAUCUUGAAGUAAGGUUAAAUAAUAAAAAUGGUGCUUUUUAUAUAACACUCCUUUUAGAGACUGUUCUGUAAAAAGGAGAAGAAAUGACUAAUUUGAUACAUACGAGAGUAUUUCAUGUAUUUAACUAUGUUUUUGGAAAAACACUUAUUACAGAUGUAAUUCUUUUAGUCUUAAGAACAUAGAUGUUUUUCCUAAAAUUUUGUGUUAUAGUAUUUUCAAUUUUUCAGACAGUCUUUUACUUUCAAUUUUUCUACUUUAUUUCAGUGUAUGUUUGAUUUUAGUACAAACGUGCUCAAAACAGUUGUUCAAUGUUCAUUUUUUUCAUCAAUAUAUGCCUAAAGUAUUAUGAAAAAGACUCGUGAUAUUUUUUGUUAUGCAACUAUGUUAUUGAAUAUCGCACAUAUAAAUACCUCAUUGUAUUUCCUAAGUUGCUUUCAUUCCUUUUUGAGCAAUUUUGUUAGACAUCCUCCUGCAAUAGGAGGAAUUUUGCAUUAUGUUUAUUUAGAUUUCCCAGGUAAAAUGUUAGUCAAUUUUGUAUGCCAUGAUUGUAUUCUAGUCUAUAAGUUGUAAAACUUGUUACUUUAAUUUCUUUGGAUACUUUUUCUGUAUUUAAAGUCUCGCAGUUUUUUUUAUUGUUUGAAGGGGGGAAAAAAAGAAUAAGAAUCGAUAUUUCGCCAAGAAAUGAAAAAAAUAUCAAAUAAAUUCUUAAAAUUAUUUGAUAUUUCAUUCCAUAUGAAUUUAAGAUUUAAACUUCAUCUUUAUCACUGCAAAUUAAAAUGUGAAUAAAUUGAUUUUUUA